CCGCGACCUAUAAAACGAUGCCCGUCGCUGGACACCACCCGUCCUCGUCCAUCACGGCCUUGCGGUUCCUCGUCUUCUUCUCGUCUUCGUCCUCCUCUGUCACUCCUACUUCUCACAUCUCACAUCUCACACCUCCGCCUUCCUCACCGCUCUGCUCCACCACGUCGCCUUCCCAGAAACCCUCCUCCGCUCCGGCGCUCCCCCAGUUGCCGCUCGAGAUGUCCACCCUCUUCUUCCCCUCCUACGCCCGCCCACCGCAGGACCAGCCUCUAGUCUUUGCCGACUCGGCUAUCCCGCGCCAGCCCGCGCAGUACCACCAGCUCCAGCAGCAGCAGCAGCAGCAGCAGCAGCAGCAACAGCAGCAACAGCAGCCGCAACAACAGCUCCAGCAACAACAGCUCCAGCAGCAGCAGCUCCAGCAUGCCGCGCACGCGACCUACGACCAGGACCGCGACCGCCUCUACCCACUUUCCCACGCACACGCUCUUCCCUCCUCCGUCUCCGCCCUCUCCGCCGCCGGCGGUCUGCCCUCGCUCGCGUCCGCCCAAUCCGCCUACUACGCCCACUACUCUCCUAUCUCCGCCCAGUCCUCCUCCGGGCCUUCCUCCCAGCUGUCCUCAGUCUCCUCCCUCCCCGGCCAGGCCGUCGUCCAGCACUACCAGCCCCCGCUCUUCCCCUCCUCCGAGCCGCGCUCAAAGAUGAAGCGCUUCCGUCUCACGCACGCGCAGACCCGCUUCCUGCUCGCCGAAUUCGCGCGUCAGCCCCACCCCGACGCGGCCAUGCGCGAGCGUCUCGCGGCAGAGAUCCCGGGCCUGUCCCCGCGCCAGCUGCAGGUCUGGUUCCAGAACCGCCGUGCAAAGAUGCGUCGAAUGUCCGUCGACGACCACAAGCAAAUCCCCCAGCCCCAGCCCCUACACCAGCAGCAAAGACAGCAGCAGCAGCAACCCCAGCGCCAGCAAUCACAGCAGCAGCAGCCUCAACCACACUCAGUCGACGACCGAAUGCCGCCAAUAGUCUCCUCUCUGCCCGAGCUGCCUUCUCUGCAGACCCAUCUGCCCUCGCGGCAUCCACAAUACUACUCUCGCGAAGAAGACCUCAACUGAGCCCCCACAACCUCGCUAUCCUGCUCUCUCCUGCUCUCUCCUUGCUUUCACUUCUACCUAUGUCUUAAUACUUUCUCUCCUUUAAUCUCUCUUUUGACUCUUUUUUGUAAUUUUGUUUAAUCACCCUCUCUUGUCUCUUCCUCUUGUCUCUUCUCUCUUGUCUUCCUCGUUGCGGUCCGGUUCCAGUUUACAGUUUACAGUUCAUGGCGUUCAGAGUCGUUCGUGCGGUUGUAUUAGUGCAUUGUAUUUGUAUUAAGCCGAUAUAUAUCUAUACACACAUAUAUAUGAAUAUAUUCCUAUAUAUUACUAA